CUUUCUUAAACCACGUGACCUCCAUUCUGACAAUUGAGUUUUGAUGGUUUAAUUUCCGCCUAUUCACGCCGGAUAGGCUAGUAAACAAUUAUAUUUUUCACUAAAUUUUAAUAAAUUUUUGACAAUUAAAAUACAAAUAUGAGUUCCAUUGGAACCGGGUACGAUCUCUCUGCGUCUCAAUUUUCACCUGAUGGCAGAGUUUUCCAAGUAGAAUAUGCCCAAAAAGCCGUGGAAAACAGCGGAACCGUAAUCGGCUUACGAGGAAAAGAUGGAGUGGUUUUUGCCGUCGAAAAACUCAUUACAUCUAAGCUCUAUGAAACGGGAGCUAAUAAGCGGAUAUUCAAUAUAGACAAACAUGUUGGAAUGGCGGUCUCUGGAUUGAUUUCUGACGCGCGACAAAUUGUCGAAACUGCAAGGUCUGAAGCAGCCAGUUAUCGUGCACAAUAUGGAAUCGGAAUACCUCUCAAGUAUUUAAAUGAACGUGUUUCAAUGUACAUGCACGCUUAUACACUCUAUUCAGCAGUACGUCCCUAUGGAUGCUCCGUUAUCUUAUGUGCAUUCGAAACAAACGGGCCUACAAUGUACAUGAUUGAUCCUUCUGGAGUGUCAUAUGGAUAUUAUGGCUGUGCAGUUGGUAAAGCGAAACAAUCGGCAAAAACAGAGAUAGAAAAAUUGAAAUUGUCUGACAUGACUUGCAAAGAACUUGUGAAGGAAGCGGCGCGAAUAAUUUAUCUUGUGCACGAUGAACUCAAAGACAAACAAUUUGAACUCGAAAUGAGCUGGGUUGGUGUUCACACCAAUGGAAAACACGAACGAGUUCCUUUGGAUAUAAAAACAGAGGCAGAAACCAAGGCACGUCAAGCGAUGGCUGAUGAUUCUGAUAGUGACACUGAGGACAUGUGAAGUGACAGAUAAAAAAUUGGUAAAAAUCGAUAAUCAUUUUUUUUUAUAUAAAUUAUUUUGCUCUCAUUUUAUACAAAAAAUAUUUUUGUUUUGUAUAAAAUGUUUGAUUGUUCAAAAUAAAACGUCUAUAUUAUUGAUAAGAAAAUCGAAUAAAUUCGUCUCGUUUAUA